AUGUUAGGUGGCGGCGGCGGUGGCGGAGGAGGAGGGUUUUUAGGAUGGAGGAAUGUGUACCAGGAGUUGGCGAACUCGAGGCCGUUGUUCCUCUCGAUCUACGCCACCGUCCUGCUUGGAAUUGUGUUCUCUUCCUUCUACGUCUUCUCCGCCAUUCACUCCGCCCCCAAUUCUUCCGCCUCCGCCGUUUCCACUCCCUGGCUCUCUUCUCCUAGUUCGCCUUCUCCUCCCUCUCCCCGAAAUGUAUUUGCACCUUAUGCCGGCCAAUCGCGCAACUUUUCUCAGACAAAAGCACUAGCUACUGCUUCUUCACCACUAUCACAGCCGCAGACGUCAGGGUCUGGGUCAAAACCGAUAUGGGAAGUUCCACCACAGAACUCCGAGAUGCCACCUCUGGAGGCCUUCAAACUGACUAAAGAACUUGUGCAGCAAAGAGUGAAAGACAAUGUGGUAGUAGUGACCUUUGGUAACUAUGCAUUUAUGGAUUUCAUCCUUACUUGGGUUAAACACUUGACAGACUUGGGGGUCUCCAAUCUUCUUGUUGGUGCUAUGGACACCAAGCUGUUGGAAGCCUUGUACUGGCGAGGGGUUCCUGUUUUCGAUAUGGGCAGCCACAUGAGCACAGUAGAUGUUGGUUGGGGGUCACCAACUUUCCAUAAGAUGGGGAGAGAGAAAGUUAUUCUGAUAGAUUCAAUCCUUCCUUUUGGCUUUGAACUCUUGAUGUGUGACACAGACAUGGUUUGGUUGAAGAACCCACUUCCAUAUCUAGCUCGUUAUCCAGAAGCAGAUGUCUUAACAUCAAGUGAUCAAGUUGUCCCAACAGUCACUGAUGACAGACUAGAAAUCUGGCAACAAGUUGGUGCUGCUUUCAAUAUAGGAAUUUUCCACUGGAGGCCAACAGAUUCUGCAAUGAAAUUGGCGAAAGAAUGGAAAGAGUUGCUUCUUGCUGAUGACAAUAUAUGGGAUCAAAAUGGGUUCAAUGAUAUUGUACGAAGGCAGUUCGGACCUUCAGUUAAUGAGGAUGAUGGACUUGCAUAUGCUUUUGAUGGAAGUCUGAAGCUGGGGAUUUUGCCAGCCAGUAUAUUUUGCAGUGGACAUACGUACUUUGUCCAGGCGAUGCAUCAACAGCUCAGGUUGGAGCCAUAUGCAGUGCAUACCACAUUUCAAUAUGCUGGCACGGAAGGCAAGCGUCACAGGUUACGAGAGGCCAUGGCUUUCUAUGAUCCUCCAAAUUACUAUGAUGCACCAGGAGGUUUCUUGUCAUUCAAGCCAUCUAUCCCAAAGAAUUUGCUACUAGAUGGAGAGCAUAAUCUCGAGUCUCAUUUCGCUCUCGUUAAUUACCAAAUAAAACAAAUACGGACUGCGCUGGGAAUCGCCUCCUUGUUAAAUCGUACCCUGGUCAUGCCCCCGUUAUGGUGCAGGUUGGAUAGGCUAUGGUUUCCUCAUCCUGGAGUUCUGCAAGGGACCCUGACUAAGCAACCUUUUCUCUGCCCUUUGGAUCAUGUGUUUGAGGUCAAUGUCAUGUUGAAAGAGCUGCCAGAAGAAGAGUUUGGCCCUGGCAUCAAUAUCAGAGAGUACUCUUUCCUUGACAAUCCUUCACUGCCUAAACAAGUGAAAGAGUCAUGGAUUGAUGUCCAAAUCUGUCAAGAAGGCAGUCACGGUUGCAAUGCUUCCAACACACCACCAGGAACACUCAAAUUUCCAAGACAAAGCAAUGAAGAAAUGUUUCGGACAACAUUCGAUUCUUUCAAAGAUGUCAAAGUCAUUCAGUUCUCUUCAAUGCAAGAUACAUUCCUUGGUUUUACUGACAAGGGAAGGGAAGAUAAAUUUAGGAAUCGGGUGAAACGGUACGUAGGCAUAUGGUGUUGUGUAGACAGUCACACUCCGGGACAUAUAUAUUACGACAUGUACUGGGAUGAGAAACCCGAUUGGAAGCCGAUCCCACCAUUGACGCCUGAAGAUGAUCACCCAAAUUGGUAA